AUGGAUCCCCAGCUUUCCAGAGAACAAGAAAGGGGUUGGAACAGACUUCAUGUAUACUCAACUGGCCGUCAUUCAUCGGCAGUAGAGGUUACUAGUGUCCUUGUUCGAGAUGAAUACGGCAUUUGUGAUACCUCCGAAGAUGGCAUUGCCAAGUUGCAAGCAGUGACAAGAUUGCUUGCAGCCAGGGUGCAGCCAACUGAAAAGUUCCCAGUGUACAAGUACUGCCAGAACCUCACAUCUAGACUACCUCACGAAGCGAUCCGUUUGAUGACGAUGCCAGUAUUGAAAAAGACAAUGCCGUGGAAUUGGUCACUCUAG